UUCAGUUCAAAGUGGCCUCGGCUUGUGUUGUGGCAGAACUGAGGUAGUUUGGUUGUGUGGAGCGGGACGGUGAGAGAGAGGGGCUUUAUCGUCUCCCCGCACCUCGGUCCUCCCCGCACGAUAACAUAUGAAUGAUAUCAGAGGGGUUACAGUCACCUCUGGGGGUUUCUGCUGUCCAAAACAAGUCAGCUUUUUAUCUGUUAUUGGGGGAUGAACGACGAGAAAAGCCCGGAUAACAGCAAGAGAAACUCUGGGUUUACCAGUAUUGAGCAAAUGCUGGCUGUGAACCCUGGUAAGACGCCUAUCAGUCUGCUGCAGGAAUAUGGAACGCGGAUAGGCAAGACCCCAGUGUACGACCUGCUGAAGGCUGAGGGUCAGGCCCACCAGCCCAACUUCACCUUCCGUGUGUCUGUGGGAGACAUCAGCUGCACAGGCCAGGGCCCCAGUAAGAAAGCUGCCAAGCACAAAGCCGCAGAGGCCGCCCUCAAGAUGCUUAAAGGAGGAAUGCUGGGAGGGAUUGGAGGAAAUGGGAUAGAAGGAGAUGGGUUUGCUGGGAUCGAUAUGGAGGGAGAAUGUACCCAGUCAGAAAUCAAAUUAUCCAGUUCCACACAGCAAGCCGAGUGCAAUCCAGUUGGAGCUUUGCAGGAACUAGUCGUGCAGAAAGGCUGGCGUUUACCUGAGUACACAGUCACUCAAGAAUCUGGGCCUGCACACCGCAAAGAGUUCACAAUGACCUGCAGGGUGGAGAGAUUUGUUGAAAUAGGUAGUGGUACAUCAAAAAAGCUUGCUAAGAGAAAUGCAGCAGCAAAGAUGCUCUCUCGUAUCCAUGAUGUACCAGUGGACAUGCGUAGCAGCCAUGAGGCCGAAGCAGAAGAUGAUACCUUUAGUAUGCACAUGGGUGGCAGACUAGAGGGAAGCAAGUCUAAAGGUCUCGGCUGCACAUGGGACUCUCUAAGGAACUCAGCCGGGGAGAAGAUCCUGCAGUUGCGAUGCCAUCCUCUAGGCCAGCCAGACUCCAUUGACUCCAAUUUCUGUUCUCUCCUUCAUGAACUCUCUGAGGAGCAGCACUUUGACGUCAGCUACCUGGACAUAGAGGAGCGCAGUUUGAGCGGCCUGUACCAGUGUCUGGUAGAGUUGUCCACGCAGCCCAUAACCGUCUGCCACGGAUUCGCCUCCACCUUGGAUACGGCCCGUGCCAGCGCUGCACACAACGCUCUCCAGUACCUCAAGAUUAUGGCAGGGGGAAAAACACAAAUGAAGAUUUUUAGAAGAACAUCUCAGCUCUGUGGGUCCAUACAAUGCAAGGAAUGUUGGAGUUGGAUAGUAGUGCAACUCAUUAUGAGUACCUGUAUAUUGAUGAGGCUGGCUUCAAUCUUCACAAAAAAAGGAGAAGAGGGAGAAAUGUGAUUGGCCAUCGUGCCACAGUCAAUGUCCCUGGACAACGAGGAGGCAACAUCACUCUGUGUGCUGCAAUUUCUACCACUGGUGUUGUGGCACACAAUGCUGUCUUGGGGCUAUACAACACAGAAAGGCUCCUACAUUUUUUCAACUUCCUCAGUUAAAUCUUCUUUCCGCAGGGUGAUCAGGAGCAAAUGGAGCGGACGUUUGUAGUUGUUUGGGAGAGUGGUUUGAGCAUCACCCACAUUUCAGGAUGGAUGGUGUUCCUUCCACCAUAUUCUCCUUUCCUGAAUCCAAUUGAGGAGUUCUUCUCCUCUUGGAGAUGGAAAGUAUAUGAUCGCAACCCUUACAACCAAGAAAGUCUUCAAGCGAUGGAAGAGGCCUGUGGAGAAAUUGAGGCACAAGCAUGUCAAGGAUGGAUCCAGCAUUCACAGUGUUUUUUCCCCUCGAUGCAUGACUUGUGAAAAUAUAUGCUGCGAUGUUGAUGAAAUUCUCUGGCCAGAUGUAAUUGAGAGGCAAGAUCAAUAAAGUUAAUAGAUUAAGUGAUUGCAGUACAUUUAUUUAUGGGGGGCAAAAACUCAUUGUUAUACAACUAAACUCCUCAUUAAAGAACUUCACGAAAAAUGUAUUUUAAUUUGUGUAUCUACAGCUGAAUUUGUUAUCUAAUCAACAGAGAACACACUUGUAGUUUUGAUGUUAGUAUUUAUUUUUAAUAAAUGCAUUACUAGAAUAAAAUUCAGUGCUUCAUUAUGCAGUGAAUAUUGAACUGUUUCGCCAACAUAAGAGUGUUUCGUUUGCUAUGUUAACUGUUUUGAGAGCAGUUACCUGAGUUUGGAGAAAUGUGUCAAAUCGAUUGGGAAAAACUGUAAGAGAUUGGAUAACUAAGUGACUGUUUGUGCUCCAAUAGUCUGGUGGAAACACAGGAUUUAAAGACAAACUGCAUCCUUGCAACCAGCUGCUGUAGCUCUGGGUGAAAUU